ACAAACUCCAACCUCUACCGAACGACUCAAACCAACCCGGAACUUUUUACCAAACUAAAAAAAAUCUUACAAAGUUAUUGAGGAUAGAUUCUUUGUGUUAUCGAACAUUUUAAAUGUUUUCUAUAAGAAAAGGUUACUUUUGAGGAGUGAGACUGUUCAAAGACAGAAGGAGGAAAGGAGACCUACCAAUGUUUUUCGUUCCGUUUGCGGCGGUUUCUGCAGGACAGUAAACCUCGACUUGUCUUCUCAAACCAGGUAGAGAGUGGGGGAGUGAAGAGGUGCCAUCAUGCCUCAACAGAAGGACAUAGUGAAGAUAGCCAUCCAGAUGCCGGGGGCUUAUCCCCAGCUCAUUCAACUGGACCAGAAAAAGCCUCUGUCUGCUGUCAUAAAGGAGGUGUGUGAUGGCUGGAAUCUCCCGGGUCCUGAUAACUACGCUCUUCAGUAUGCUGACGGAGUCCAGACUUACAUCACUGAAUCAAACCGUCUGGACAUCAAGAACGGCUGCAUUCUGCGUCUGACCAAGGCACCGGGUCGUUGUGCAGAAGAUCUGUUCAAAGGCAUCCAGAGUUCAGAUGCAGGCGUGCGCUGCGAUUCGCUGAAGGAGCUGGCGAGCGUUUCCACUGAUGUCACAUUUGCACAGGAGUUCAUCAGCAGAGAUGGACAUCUCCUAUUGGUCAAGAUAGUAGAAGACUCUAAUGAGAGCAAUGUGAUAAUGAUCCACACACUGACAGGCUUCAUGGAGCUGAUGGAUCAUGGAAUCGUUUCCUGGGAGAACCUGUCAUCAGUCUUCAUCAAGAAGAUUGCCGGCUUCGUCAACGCCAGGCCGACCGAUGCGUCCAUACAGCAGGUGUCCUUGGACAUCCUGGAGAGCAUGGUGCUGAGCAGUCAUAGCCUCUUCCUGGCAGUCAAACAAGAAGUCACUAUGGAGAGGCUCAUCGCUCACCUGCAGGUGACAAACCAGCAGAUUCAGACCAAAGCCAUGGCUCUGCUUAUGGCUCUACUACAAACAGCUGGAGACUCAGACCGACAGGAAAUGUUUGCAUUCCUGAACAAGAAGAAUCUUCGCCAGUACAUUUAUAAAAACAUCAUCCACAGUUCUGGUUCAGUCCAGGACGAGAUGGCUCACUACCUCUACGUGCUUCAGUCCGUUACCUUGAAUCACCUUGAGCCUCGCAUGAGGACACCGCUGGACUGUUACAGCCAGGAGCAGAGAGACAUCCUCCAUGGUUUGCGCCAGGCGGCGUUUGAGACAGAAAGCGAGAACAGUUUGAGCCACGAGAGACGACGCUCGCUCUGUGCUAAAGAAUUCAAGAAGUUAGGAUUCUCUAACAACAGUAACCCUGGUCAAGACUUGGUGCGGACGCCUCCAGGUCUUCUUGCCUUGGAUACCAUGUUUUAUUUUGCUACACAUAAUCCCGACGCCUACAGCAGGUUUGUCCUGGAGAACAGCAGCAGAGAAGACAAACACGAGUGUCCCUUUGCGAGAAGCAGCAUCCAGCUCACACUCAUCCUGUGUGAAAUCCUUCGAAUUGGAGAGCCUCCCUCAGAGACGGGAUCAGACUACCACCCCAUCUUCUUCAGUCAUGACAGACUGCUGGAGGAGCUUUUCUGCGUCUGCAUUCAGCUGCUCAAUAAGACCUGGAAGGAGAUGAGAGCCACGCAAGAAGACUUCGACAAGGUGAUGCAGGUGGUGAGGGAGCAGAUCACUAGGACGUUGUCCAGUAAGCCGACCUCCCUGGAGCUCUUCAAGAACAAAGUGAACGCUCUGAACUACAGCGAGAUCCUCAAACUGAGGCAGACAGAACGGCUGCACCAAGAAGAGACUCUAGCUCCUCCUGUACUUGAACUAAAAGAGCGUCUGAAGCCAGAGCUGCUGGAGUUGAUCCGCCAGCAGAGAUUGAACAGGCUGUGUCAGGGAACGAUGUUCAGAAAGAUCAGCAGCCGACGCAGACAAGAUAAACUAUGGUACUGCCGCUUGUCGCCAAAUCACAAAAUGCUUCACUACGGAGACGUGGAAGAAGACACGGAAAAUCCAGCCAUUGAAACGCUGCAGGAGAAGAUUCCUGUAGCCGAUAUCAAAGGCCUUCUGACAGGAAAAGACUGCCCUCACAUGAAGGAGAAUAAAGGCAAACAGAACAAGGAGGUCCUUGACCUAGCGUUUAGCAUCACAUAUGAUGUUGAAGAGUACAGCCUGAACUUCAUCGCCCCCUCCAGGACUGAUUUCUGCCUGUGGACAGACGGACUGAGCGUCCUACUCGGCAGGGAGAUGAGCAGUGAAUCCAUGCGCAGCGAGCUGGAGAUCCUCCUCUCUAUGGAGAUUAAGCUCCGCCUCCUCGACCUAGAGAAUGUUCCCAUCCCCGACAGUGCUCCGGUCAUCCCUAAACCUCCGAGCAACUACAACUUCUGCUACGACUUUAGCCAGACGGAGCAGUAGAGAGUGGGAGAGUGAAUGUGUAAAUAUGUGAGUGUGUAUCUGAAACAAAGAGUGUGUGGUGUGAUCUGACACGUGCAUCUAUGCACUUAUAACAGAUUUAUAAUGCUGACAUUUUAUUCUUCCUCUGUGGCCUCGUCAUUAUGUCCAAGUGGAACCACGAACUGCAGCAAACCUGUGGACUCUGAACAAUAACAGCUGUGGGUGUGGACUGGUACCUUUGACUGCACUAAUGCUGCGCAUUCUCACUUCCUGUCUUUGAGACGUGUACUUACAUUUAGUCCUCACAUUUCCUCUUCCACUUUCUGGAAAUUUCAACUCUUCUCUAAAGAGACGGGCACACCUUUUACACUUUAGCCACUGACUCAAGAAAUGGUACUUUAGUUUGGUUUUAUAAUCAUUUUAUAUUUCUAAAUAUAUCUUAAUCUAUGUAUGAUGCGUUGAAUAUUUUUUAAUUUUCUUUUAUUUUCUUUGCUUGUUGCUUUUUAAUGGGCAUUAACUAGAAACCACUCUGCAAAAACUCACUCUAAGCAAGUGUAUUUGUCUGAUUUCUUGUCAAAAAUAUCUCAUUGUCUAUUUUAGGGCUCUUCCAACCAACAAAUCCUGAUGAAAAUAUUACUCCAAAGUAUAGGAAGUACAAAAUAAGACCAAAAGUCUUUGAAGAAAGUAACUAGAACUACUGUUUUUAGGUUAUAUCCGCCUCGGAAAUUAACAAUUGCGUCACAAUUCCAUCCUUCCAUCGUACCUGAAGGUGGUUGCACACAGCCAUGCACAAUUUGGAAUAGUCAUGUGCAGACAAGGCUGCCCAUGAGGUGGGAUAAAGGGGAGAGCUUUCCGGGGUCCAGCCAGACUGGGGGACCAUGUAGGUCAGCAAAAUCAUGGUUCAUUAUAAAGUUAAGCUGUGGUAUCUAUAUCUUAUAUUUAACCUGAACAAUAACCACUCAUCACUAAACAAAUAUAUUUUUUUUACAUUUAUGUAGUAAUUAUCCUUCUAAACAAAAGUAAGUCCCUUCAUUUAAACCAGAAUUAAAAUGGGUUAAAAUGGCUAAAAUAGGUUGGUAAUGGCAAAAAAAUGGUGGAAAAGGUGGUGAAAUUGGAUUUUAAAAGUAGCAGAAAUGGGUUGAAGUGGCAAAAAAAAAACAAAA